GAGCCGAGGCCCGUCGGUUCACUGCCCCGCUGGAAAGCGUUAGGCCGGGCGCGGGGCUUUGGCGGCGGCGUUGGGGGCGGCAGUUCGCCGCUCACACUCAUGAGGAGCCGGAAGCCUCCUGGUCUGGUCCAGCUCGCAGGUGGAGUGCGGUCCUCAGCGCGCCUCCGAGCCCGGAGCUGCUCGGCCCGCUUGGCCUCGGCCCAGGAAGCCGGCAUCACCACGUCUGCCCGGACGGCAUGUCAGACUUCCUCGUCACACAGAGCCACCGACAGGCGGACUUCCAAGAAGUUCAAGUAUGACAAAGGGCAUCUUACGAAAUCAGAAUUACAGAAACUAGCCCCCCAGAGGGACCGUGCUGCUGUGCCCAGAGUGCCUUCUGGGACCCCUUGUGAAAACGAGCCUCUGGCAUUUGUCAAGGACAGCGCACCGCUCCCGGGAAGGAAGGCCGGCAGUUCCACACAACCAGAGGCGGCGGGCCUCCCCGCAGGGCCCCGCCGGGCUGGGAGCGACGCUUGCCCAACCCAGACUGAGGACGGGCAGUCCCUGCCAAGGCCCAGUGCCCCCUCGGGAGAAGACCCCAAUGGCGGCUACACCAGGCGGGCUGGGGCGGCAGAGCCCGAGCCCGGCCCCGGGCCGCUGCAGAUGGACAACAGCGCCCUCCUGGACGACGACAGCAACCAGCCCAUGCCCGUGAGCCGGUUUUUCGGGAACGUGGAGCUCAUGCAGGACCUCCCCCCGGCGUCGUCCACCUGCCUUUCAAUGAGCAGACGUGAGUUCAGGAAAAUGCACUUCAGGGCCAAAGAGGACGACGACGAUGGGGACGAGGCAGAGACGUAGACAGAAUCCCCGCGCACGUGUGCGCGACUGGCGCAGCCCCGGUCCAGCCGCGCGGUGUCCCCGCGGGAGCGCGCUGGGUCAGAGCGGCCGACCCCGCCGCCGGCCGCGGGGAGACCCCGAACUGAAGGGCCCUCGCCUGUAAAGCUGCUGUUUCCGCAGGAUGUGUUCUCUGCGUCUGCACAUGCGGUGGUGGUUUGAGCCACCCCCUCUCCUGAGAGACGUCUUGUAAAGAAAACCCCACUGGCGCUCUUUAGUUUUGAUAAUAUGCAGGUUUAUUUUCCAUAAUCAAAAUUUGAUCAGUCUCCUGACUGAUCAGUGCGGUUCUCAAAGAGCUCUCCUUUAUUACUGUAUGCGGAGCUUGUGUUUACCUGGGAAAUUCAGCAAAAUACAUAUGGAAAAGAAAUAAAAUAUAUUUUGAAAAUGUU